UAUCUCCACUGAUUGAGUAGCCUUUUUUCCCCAUCAGGCAGAGCCACCACCCACCUUUGUUACCUCCCUUCAAAUACCCCCCGCACCUCCACCCUCCUACUCGUGCUAAAACCGCGGCCAAAGCAACAAAGAAUCGCCACGAAGAAACCCUCUCACCACUUGCUCACGAACCAAGCAACACUGAAAAGAAGCGCAAGAAAUCGCGAGCAACAAAGGACCGAGCUAGAUGGCGAUGGAGCCGAGCAUGGCGCGGCGGCUGUGGCGCGAGGUGCGCGCCGUGCUGUUCAUGCUCCGCAAGGGCAUGUCCAAGCGGAAGCUGGCCAUGGACCUCCACCUCCUCCUCCACCGCGGCAAGAUCGCCGGCAAGGCCCUCGGCAAACUCGUGAACGCCCACGGCCACCACUACAACGCGGCGGCCACGGAGGCGCCACCGCAGCAGCAGUCGUUCUCGUGCCGCGCCCUCGACCCGGACAUAGCCGUCUGCGACCAGCGCGGCGCCCGCGAGGUGGAGUUCAGCUGCAGCAACACCCCCUCCUACCCGUCCCUCCACCUCAUCCCCACCGGCAAGCACCGGCGCCGCAACAACCGCCGCUCCCACCGCGGCGCCAACGGCGCCGAGCCCGGCUGGUACAACUACGACGUGGCCCACAUUGCCAUGGUCUUCGAGAUCCUCAACAACAACGAGCAGCCGCCGGGCGGCGGCGGCGACGAUGCAUCAGCAAGCGUCGAGCAGCCGUCUCCCCUCGCGAUGCUCGCGACGCCGUCCCCCGCGCUGUGGGCGAGCUUCGGCCGCACCCCGGCGCACGUGAGGCAGCUGCGGAUCACCGACUCGCCGUUCCCGUUGAGGGAUGACGCGGCGGGGGACGGCAGGCAGGUGGACCAGGAGGCCGAGGAGUUCAUCAAGAAGUUCUACGAGAAGCUGCGCACGCAGCAGAGCCUCUCUGCCGCCACGCCAGACUACGGCUACGGCUCCUACGGUGAGUACGCGCGGCCAGUCACCGGCAUCGCCUAGGAGCCAUCAUCCACACACGCAUAUGUCCAUAGCGUGUUAGUUUCACCCUUAAUUCUGUCCAAGUGUGAAGUGUGUCUGUGGCUCUGUGCUACAUAGUACAUAGUACGUAGUACAUGUUUAUGCAUGGAUCAAGCAUGUUUGUAGAGGGCUAGCUACUCUACUAAUCUUCUUCUUGAGCUUCGUGAGCGAGAGAUUUUGCAUCAUGUUUGCAAGCUAGAUCCAUGCAUGUAUAGUAUGAUGUACGCAUUAUAUAUAUGUAUAUUUCCCUUUUGAGAUUAUGCCAUAUACUAUGUAGACUAGUAGGUAAAGAUCUAUGUACAUCUUGCAUUGUUUAUGCCUGUGUAUGCUGAGCUUGUGAUUGAUCGAAACAAGUUAGAAACGGAAAGGCUCAGUAGUGAUUCACUUGGACCUGUACUUUCACUACUUUGUUGCACUUACCGUGCGCGUUGGGAAGACAUUAGCACAAGAAAAACACUUGUGAUACUUAUCGUAAAAAAAAUCUUUUCUUUUUUUGUGUAUGGUUCGUCUUGUCCUGGCCACAAGAGCUUGUACGUAUUGUUUUAGAACUAUUAUGACAUGUAAUUUUCAGAGGAUCUUUGGUCGGCUUGCUG